AUGACCUUGAAAGCCGUUGCCGUUCUUCAUGGUGAUAAAAAAUUCGAAAGUGAUUCUGUCCACGGUAUCGUUAAAUUCACUCAGGAGGAUGAAAACGCACUGACUCUUAUUGAUGUGGAAAUUGAAGGGCUGACUCCUGGGGAACAUGGAUUUCACGUUCACGAAUUCGGCGACAACACCGACGGAUGCACAUCAGCCGGCGAUCAUUAUAAUCCCACCAACAAACAUCACGGUGCACCUCAGGACGAAGUCCGUCAUGUUGGUGAUCUAGGCAAUAUCUCGGCUUCCGAAAAUGGUACUGUGAAGACUAAAAUUAAAGACAAAUUCAUCGCCUUAGUCGGCCCUCAUUCGGUGGUCGGUCGUACAAUCAUCGUUCACGCCGACAAAGAUGAUCUCGGAAAAGGAAAUCAUCCGCUUUCUCUAUCCACCGGAAAUGCUGGGGCUCGUGUUGCGUGUGGAAUAAUCGGUAAACAAUGGGAUUUAUUUAAACUCUAUCAGUAUGACGG